AUGACUUACUAUCAGAGUCUGUUACUAACUGAACGUAUUAAGUUUGCCCCUCCAGCCAUCCUGAACCCAGCCACACUGAUGCCUGAAGCAAGAGAGAGUGACCAGCCUCUCCAUGAAUGCCAAGAGGUUCUAACCGAAGAAGUGGGCAUUCGCGCAGACCUGACUGACCAGCCUAUGGAAGGAACCCCCUCGUGGUUCACCGAUGGGAGCAGCUACCUGCUGGAAGGAAAGCGUAAGGCUGGCGCAGCCGUAGUGGACGGGAAACGGGUCGUGUGGGCUAGCUCGUUGCCAGAGGGGACCUCUGCCCAGAAAGCCGAACUAGUAGCCCUCAUACAGGCCCUGAGGCUGGCUGAAGGAAAAGUGAUUAACAUAUUUACCGAUAGCAGAUAUGCCUUCGCAACUGCUCACGUCCAUGGGGCAAUAUACAGACAGAGGGGGCUCUUGACAUCAGCGGGGAAGGAAAUUAAGAACAAAGAGGAAAUUUUAAAUCUCCUAGAAGCCGUACACCUCCCCAAAAAGGUGGCCAUCAUACAUUGCCCAGGGCAUCAAAAAGGAGAUGACUGGGUUGCAAGAGGGAAUCGAAUGGCAGACACAACUGCCAAAGAGGCCGCACUAGAGGCCAUGAUACUCUCAGUAAAACUUGACGACAAACAGACAGUGGAAGGAAAGGAAGAAACAAACCUAUCCGCUGAGGAAGGGAAAGCUUACAUCGAUAAAAUGCACCGACUUACGCAUUUGGGAACUGAAAAACUUAUCACACUAGCAAAAAAAUCACGCUACAAGGUCCAGGACCUACGGAAAACUGUGGAACGUAUCGUACAAAAUUGCGAGGCAUGUGCCUUUACAAAUGCAGGACAUACUAAAGGAAUCCAAGGAAAGAGACUGAGAGGAGAUCGACCAGGAGCAUAUUGGGAAGUAGACUUUACGGAAGUAAAGCCUGCCCGGUACGGUAACAAAUAUUUGUUAGUGUUUGUAGAUACCUUCUCUGGAUGGGUCGAAGCAUACCCUACAAGGAACGAAACAGCACUAGUAGUGGCAAAAAAAGAUCCUGGAAGAGAUUUUUCCCCGGUUCGGUAUUCCCAAGGUAAUCGGGUCAGAUAA